AUGGGAGCUCGUCUAUCAGCACAUCAGAAUCGGAAGAGAGUCUCCUCGAGACUACAGCCUUCCGUAAAGACUACCGCUUCAUAUAGUGGAUCACUGUCAACUACAAGCAAGACGGCAAGCUCCAACAAGGAGCCAUCCACUUCCAGUCAGUCGUCAGAUGGCAUUAUCCGAAACGGCAGAAAAUUUCACAACGAAACAAGCUCUGUAUACUGGUUUCCAAAUGAUGAUGAAGAGAUGGAUAGGCUUGUUGGCCAACAUUUCGCCUUGAAAGCUUUGUUCAAUGGAAAUAUUCCAGAGGAAGCGUUUGAGAAUGGCACAAUUCCAUUUGAAGAUGGAGCCAAGAUAUUAGAUUUAGGCUGUGGACCUGGCACUUGGAUCAUGGAUGUAGCAACCGAGUUCCCAUCAAGCGAAUUCAUUGGUGUGGAUAUGUGCGAUGUAUUCCCAAACAAUAUUAGGCCAGCCAACGUAACAUUUCAAAUUGGAAAUGUGCUGGAAGGCCUCGCUUUCGAGGACAACACAUUCGACAUGGUCAACUUUAGAAUGUUCAUUUUGGCCUUCAAAACAGAGGAGUGGGCGCCUGUGCUGAGGGAGAUCAAACGAGUGCUGAAGCCAGGCGGAUUCAUCUUGUCCAGAGAGCCUGGUAUGUUAGAAGUGGGAAAUGAUUUUGUGAAAUGGGCCGGAAAGAUAUUUAAAGAGAGAAUGAUCGAACGUGGCCAAGAACCUUAUAUUGCGGACGAAAUGAAAAAUUAUAUGGAAUUAGAAGGUUUUGAAGUAGUACAUUGUAUCAAAAAGCAUUCUUUCCUGGGUCGACCUGAUCAUCUGAACCGAGAGUUCUUGUGGGAUAUUCGAUCCAUCUUUAAAAGCGGGCAGCCUUUUUUGGGGGAGCAUUUGCAAGUAUCAAAUGAAAAGUAUCCCCAAUUUUUAGAUGAGCUAGUAGCCAAUUGCCAAGAGCAACCAGAGUCAAGAUGGUCUAUGGUUUCUACAAUGGGUAGAAAGCCAAUGUAA